CUGCAGGGCCUGGGCAAGUUCGGCUUCUACGAGCUCUUCAAGGUCUUCUACUCAAACUUGAUCGGCGAAGAGAACACCUACCUCUACCGAACGUCGCUUUACCUGGCCGCUUCCGCCUCCGCGGAGUUCUUCGCCGACAUUGCCCUCUGUCCGCUGGAGGCGUGCAAGGUGCGGGCGCAGACGCAGCCGGGCUGCUCGCCGCAGCUGCGCGUCGUCGCGCCGCAGAUCUUCCGCUCCGAGGGCCUGUCCGGCUUCUACAAGGGCCUGGCGCCGCUGUGGAUGCGCCAGAUUCCCUACACGAUGAUGAAGUUCGCCUGCUUCGAGCGCACUGUAGAGCUGCUGUACAAGCAUGUGGUGCCGAAGCCGCGCGCCGAGUGCGGCAAGGGCGAACAGCUGACGGUGACCUUCGCCGCCGGGUACAUCGCCGGCGUCUUCUGCGCCAUCGUCUCGCACCCGGCGGACACGGUGGUGUCGAAGCUGAACCAGGACAAGGGCAGCACCGCCGGACAGGUGCUCAAGAAGCUGGGUCCCAUGGGCGUUUGGAAGGGUCUCACCCCUCGUAUCAUCAUGAUCGGCACGCUGACCGCCCUGCAGUGGUUCAUCUACGACGCCGUGAAGGUGUGGCUGCAUCUGCCUCGCCCACCGCCGCCGGAGAUGCCCGAGUCGCUGAAGAAGAAGCUAGCAGCAAAGCAGCAGUAA